UUUUCUGGCUUGAGCGAUGGCUUGAUGGGAGCAGGGUCUCGGUGCCGAGAAACCGAGAGGCUUUUCCGACGCGCGCGGAAGCUGGGACGCUGCCCGCCGGACUCACAGGCGUAGGAACUCUCUUUGUGCCCAGAAGGGAGUGUGUGUCAGAGGAAGACGGAGUUGUCUGCUGAGAAAGGACCCAGGUCUGUUUUGGGAAACCUUGGGCAGCGUUUUCCAGGGACGCUGCCCGAGAUGCAAACCCAUCUGGCUGCCGAAAACCAGAGGCGGGAGAUUUUUUGGAUGCUUUCUGGUUUAAAGAAUCUCCAGCUGCUCCGAUGAUAGCUUAAGAAGACUGCAUGCUGUUCCCUUUCAAUGCCAAGCUAGGCCCACUCAGAACCUCCUUCAUGGAGAGCGGGUCCCAGCAGGAAUGGCAGUGGAAGAAAUUGCCAUCCAGAUGGUUCCUCCACGUGACGUCGUCUUGGGCUGUGGGCCGACUCAGGAACACCUGGUAACCAGGCUCGCCCUCUGUCAGUCACCCCAGGCAGGGCAGCAUGGUGCGGAUUCAGAGGAGGAAGCUUCUGGCAUCUUGCCUGUGCGUCACUGCUGCCAUCUUUCUGCUCGUCACACUCCAGGUAGUGGUUGAGCUGGGAAAAUUUGAAGGGAAGAAGUUUAAAAAUUCUGAUUUGAAAGAUGGACAUGCACAAAUGGAAGAAGAGCCUGUACAUCUCCAUCCGUUCCUUAAGAGGGAAGGACUGACCCUAAGUAGGAAAAGAACAUCGGCAACUGAUAGCUACCCCAUCAUGCUCUGGUGGUCCUCACUGACAGGGGAACCUGGGAAGCUACGCCAGUGCGGGGCGGACGCUUGUUUCUUCACCAUGAACCGGACUUACCUCCAUCAUCGCAUGACCAAAGCCUUCCUCUUCUAUGGUACUGACUUUAGCAUAGAUAGCUUACCUCUGCCUCGGAAGGCCCAUCACGACUGGGCCCUUUUCCACGAAGAGUCUCCGAAAAACAACUAUAAGCUCUUUCACCAGCCAGUCAUCACCUUGUUCAACUACACGGCCACCUUCAGCCGGCAUUCCCACCUGCCACUAACUACCCAGUACCUGGAGGGCACGGAAGUCCUGAAGUCACUCCGAUACCUAGUUCCCUUGCGGUCCAAAAAUAACCUCCGAAAAAGCCUUGCUCCUCUGGUGUACGUACAGUCCGACUGUGACCCACCCUCAGACAGAGACAGCUACGUUCGAGAGCUGAUGACAUACAUUGAGGUCGAUUCCUACGGUGAAUGUCUGCGAAACAGAGAUCUCCCUCAGCAGCUGAACAAUCCAGCCUCUAUGGACGCCGAUGGCUUUUAUAGGAUCCUCGCCCAGUAUAAGUUUAUCCUUGCUUUUGAGAAUGCGGUUUGCAAUGACUACAUCACUGAGAAGUUCUGGAGACCUCUGAAACUGGGGGUGGUCCCUGUGUAUUACGGAUCCCCCAGCAUCGCAGACUGGCUUCCAAGUGAUAGAAGUGCUAUCCUGGUAUCAGAAUUUUCUCACCCAAGAGAACUGGCAAGUUACAUCAGACAGCUGGAUCACGACGACAGACUGUACCAGGCCUACAUAGAGUGGAAGCUGAAGGGUGAGAUCUCGAAUCAGCGACUUCUCACCACUCUCAGGGACCGGAAAUGGGGGGUGCAGGACGUCAGGCAGGACAACUACAUCGACGCGUUUGAGUGUAUGGUGUGCACCAAGGUGUGGGAUAACAUGAGGCUCCAGGAGCAGGGCUUACCACCCAAAAGAUGGAAGGCAGAUGUUACGCAUCUGAGCUGUCCAGAGCCUACAGCGUUUGCUUUCUCAACCCUCGCCCCACGUCGGGGCUCUUUGCGAGAGAUGUGGGUACCGAGCUUCCAACAAUCCAAGAAAGAAGCCCGGGCACUAAGGUGGCUGGUUGAUAGGAAUCAAAACUUUUCAACUCAAGAGUUUUGGGCCUUGGUAUUCAAGGAUUAGUAUCAAAAAGUAUCAGAGUUUUAUUUUCUAGGUUGCCUUAAUGUUUGAAUAUAAUAGCUGCUCUGUGGACAACCCAUUAGGAUGAGAAUUAAUGGCUUCGGUACUAAUAGUGAGUUCUACCGAAUAAUAGAUAUGAAUUACCCCUAAGGGUCCCUUCUCUAUUUUUUAUAC